AAACCUCCGGAAAGUCUCCGCGGUGCAGAAUCCGUAGCCAUUUUGGCUCCAGUUUGCACGGAGUCUCUCGCGGACCUCGCCGUGCUCUGCACCAGCUGUUGUGCGUGCUGGUGGCCAAGGCCCCGAGGACCGGCCGGCGUCGCCGAUGGCUGCGCGCGCCACGUUGGCCGUCGCGUCCUUUGUGCUGUUCGCGGCCGUGUGGCUGCUCCUCGACUCGGGCACCGUGGACGGCUUCGUGGCACAGGCGGCGGGCGCCAGCGAGGGCGACGGCACGGCGCUCCGCGGGGUCCGCCGGCUGACAGGCAGCGGCGACAGCGGCACCACCCAGAUCCGAGAGCGCAACUCGCUCGGCCCCCUCGCCAGUGCGGUCUGGCAACUCAUCUACGGCGCCAUCUACUUCUUCGUCAUCGUCAAGAACUACCCCGAGCUCCAGGGGGGCCCCACCGAGAAAGCCAAAGAAACCCAGAGCAAGAACGAGCUCAUGGCGUUCUUCACCUGCGAGAACUCGUUCGUGAUCAAUCUUACUUCUUGCUGUUGCCCGGCUGGCCGCGCUGCGCACACCUACGACAAGGUCGGGUUGCUGCCCUAUUGGCCCGGCCUCUGCCUCAGUGCCUUCUUCCCUUGUUGUACACUCCUUUACAUGAACGCAUGCACUGACUUGAACGAGAAGCUCGGGGGAGAGAAGAGAUCGAUCCCGAUGGCAGUGAUCUGUUCAUGUCUCUUCCCGUGCUGCGUGAUCGCUCAGGACGCGCAGGCACUGGACGACUGCACCGGCGUCGCAGUGGGUCUGUGCGGUGUUGAGCAGGGCGACGGCAACAGCGAGGACUCCGAGUAGUCAGGUAAUGCUGUGCUGCAAAGUGCUACGCCCAUCGUGAACUUACCAUUGCUCUUCACUUAAUCGGUUUAUCUCUGGAUUGGCGGUGUCGCCUGCCCCACCAGAGAAAACGGCCUAGUCCACCACAGGACAUGUUAUAAUCAUAUAUAAUAAUUAUGAGAGGCCUCUUUGUUCAGGCGCUAGCUCUUUCUCUUGCGCGCUCUCUAGCUUCCCCCAGGUCUCACCUUGACCCGUCUUUGACUUUACCUGGAGGUGGAGAAGGCGGCGGCUUCUGCUUGCUCCUCUCCAUCCCAAUCUCUGCGCUUGUGUGGGCUUGCAGCCCGAGUGGGCAGACUGGCGUCAGGCCAGCGUGUCUACGAGGCGAAUAUUCACAAUUGGUUUAAAGCCUCGUACGGGCCGACGGGUUGGUGCUGCCGCCUCGAUUCGCGCAAAAAAGUCUCCGCGGUGCAGAACUCUCCGGA